AAAAAAAUGUGACCAGAUUUUACUUUGCAUUUUACAUUUCUGUUUCUUUUUACACAGGGGUGGUCUAACCUCCCUCUUCGGUUGCAAACCUUGGCAGUAGCACAUGCCUGCCACCACCACACCCCCCUUUUUGACAGCUAACCCCUCCCCCUCAUGAGCCAAAGCUGAAUCCGCCCUCAAUUCCCCCCUUACGCAGGCAUGCAACUUUUCCUCAGAUCAGCUGAUUUCCUCUAUUUUACUUCCCAUGUGUGCCAUUGAAAAUAGACAAACACUGUACGAAGUCUUGGAAAGAUGUGAAUUUCCUCUUUUGUUGUGACUUCCUAGUUGCAUACCUGCUAACGGUUGUCAAGGUUUCAGAAUCAACCAGUUAUCGAUUUCCUGUGACUGGUCAUGUACAGUGUAUCGCAAUAAUAAGAUGGCACUAGAGGCUGCAUUUCACGAUUCUUUCGAAAUUCACUGCCGUGCCGCGCGCUUUUACUGACAGCACCGUCUAGACGGAACACCUACUCCCACUCAUCAUUGCAAAUAUGGACAGCGAACGUGCGGGUCUGUCGUGCGUUCUCGCGCUUGCUCUUCUGAUCGUGGUCGUCUCGCCUGCCGCGGGCGAGGCCGCGUCUUGCCCCCACGGAUGGUGCGGUGUUGUAGGUGUUGCGCUGGUUGGUUUCAACCACACCGUGCGUCAGACCAAGACACAGGGGCUCUGCCACGGGGCGUGCACGGCCGAGCCCUGGUGCCGCUCCGCUAACUACGAGAUGGGGACCGGCCGAUGUCAACUCGUCCUAAAUGCCUCUCAUCACACCGCCCCUGAUCGUCUGGUCCAAAAGCGAGGCUGGUUCUACUCCUAUAUCGACGCAGAGCCUACUGGCAUAUCACUUGGUCGUUUUGCCGACCAAAAGCAAGAACCUGCUUGUGUGGAAAACAACGACGCGGACAUCACCACUUUCAUCAGGACCAGGGAUAGAUACCCCAGUGCUAACAUAUCCCUAGCUAGGGAAGGCUGCACGAAGUAUCACCCCGCCCUGCAACUCUGCACUCUACCCCAGCUGAAAGCUGCCUACGACGCGGGCUUUGCAGACGGCGUGUGGUCUCUGUACGACACUGAAGGCUGGGAUGCCAAGUUGUCAACGUGUAGCAUUUGGUACCCUGACGAGUGUUACGUCCUCGUAGAGGGCAGCGCCACAGACAGUUACAUCCCAUACACACCACGGCCCUUUGAAGUUUCUCAUGCAUAUUGUUGCUCCAGCAAUUGUUUCCAACAUCCUUUGCAAUGGCAACUGGUUUUCAAGGGACCAGGAGACCAGCGCAUGUCAACCCGCAGUCUGUAUGAGUUAUGGACCGACCCUCUCUUGGACUCACGCGAAGAGCCUCAAGGCGCCUUCAGAGACAACACCAUCUACGAUGCCUGGAACAACCGGGAGAUUCCAAUAAAGUUUGUGAAGCUUUCCCUGUUCACCUCUGGCGACACAAAGCCGGCAAAACAACUGAUCUUCACUGGAGAACUAUCCACAGUAACCGACUGGUUCAACAAGGACCGGAUUCUGUCGUGUCCCUGGUGGGAUACAAGUCAUUCCUGGACCUUUACUGGCGUCAUGUCCAUGAACGGCUCUGAACAGUGGCCAAAGCGUCAGUUCCUCAUCAGUAGCGACUCAAUAAACUGCACAAGCGAUAUGGGAUGGAUGUUCGUUGCAGGUAGCACGCCGGCCUGUCCCUGGAUAGCACCGCAUGCGAUCCUGUACAGCACCACGCCUGCGCCUGUUCUAUGGAGUGAGAUUACAGAAUCAGGGGGACGCGUUGGGGUGGCCGACCACAUGACUAUCCACGUGAUUAUUGGAUGA